UCCAUCCCUAUUGGGCGUUGCUAGUUGUUGGAAAUUAUUAUUAUUUUGGAAUUUUUCCAUUUAAAUAGCUUAAAAACAGCACAGAAUGCACUCAUACGCGACUCUCGUUGCACUGCUGCUAGUAGCAGCAUUGAUUCACGAAGGUGAUGCCAUUUGGUGCUACCGCUGCACCUCUGCCACGCCCGGCUGUGCCGAAAAGUUCAACUGGCGUGGAAUUGGCUUUCUGGGCGAGCAAUGCCCGGAGCCCAACGACAUCUGCGUUAAGGUGACGGAACGGCGCGGCUCAAGGGAAACGAUAACACGUGACUGCCUCAGUGCCCUUAGCUUCCGAACAGAUAUUCCCGCCGACAAAUACGAAGGCUGCCGCCCGGCGGCAAAGGAUGUGCGAUUGGCCCACUACGUCAAUCACACCAUCAAGGAGCACGAUGUCAAGCGGGACUUCUUCCCAGACACGACGUUCUGCUUCUGCUUCCUAGACCAUCGCUGCAACGGCGCCAGUGGUCUGCAAAUGUCCGCGGCCCUGGGCCUACUGGCCAUGGCCAUAACGCUACUGCUCGGCCGCUAGGCCCUCGACUGUGCUGCGUAGUUGGUACCCAAAGUGCCUUAAGCCCAAUUAACGAAAGUUCAAGUAGAGCUCGAAUCUCGUCUAGCCACAUUCCGUCCCCACUUUUUGUACAACUUUUUGUAUUACUUGUGUCUGUUUACUCACCUAAUUAAAUACAUUUUACAACAUUAUAAA